CGUCAAUCGAAAUUCUUCCAGUGUUGCGGAAACUAUUCCAGACUCUAUCUAUUCAUAUAAACAAGGUGAAAAGGAAGGCACAGCUUCACCAUAACCACUGGCAUCUCCAGCCAACCCAUUCACUCGCACGAUGGCCACUGAUCUUGGAGUCGUUCUGGUCGUCGGCGGCUGCGGCUACCUAGGGUCCAACCUAGUCAAGACGCUGCAGGCACAGCCGACAUGCACAGCUAUCCACGUUGUCAGCCGAACACCAAACCAGAACCUGUUUCCAGGCGUCACUUAUCACGCAGGUGACAUAACCGACGCUGGCCAGGCCACUGACCUCUUUGCUCAGAUUAAUCCGCGUGUCGUCUUCCACACUGCAUCACCGAAAGACACCGCCCCAGAACAUCUUCUCUGGAAGACGAAUGUGGAGGGCACACGUAACCUCUUAAAGGCCGCUGCUGAAGCGGCGAGCACGCGUGUCUUGGUUUACACUAGCUCGGAUUCUGCAAUGCAGCAAAUGCCUGGCGUCAAACAGACAGAGGAAAUAGCAAAGCUUCAUACUGAGCACAGCAAUGCCAAUCCAUACGCCAAAACUAAAGCCAUUGCCGAUGCUGAGGUCCAGGCGGCGAAUGCACCACCCACCCUGAUCACCGCCGUCUUACGUAUCCCAGGCAUGUAUGGCGAGAAUGAUGAUAAUUGCGUUGGGACAUUACUCAGCACAAUUAGAAAAGGCGAACACAACAUACAGGUUGGCGAUAACAAACCAGUUUUUGAAGUUGUCUACGUGGAGAAGGCCUGCCAAGCACAUAUCCUAGCAGCGAAACGAAUACUCGAGGGUCGGCCCGUAGGCGGCCAGGCUUUCUUCAUUUCCGACGGCGUCAGUCUCCCAUACUUUGACUUUGCUCGCAAAUUGUAUGCUGGUGCUGGUCACCCGGUUCCAUCAGACCAAAUCAAAGUCAUCCCACUCUGGCUUGUAGUCGGCCUUGCGUAUAUUGGUGAGUGGGUUUACUGGAUUUUUACUUUGAAUACAAAAGUCCCUGAAUUGCGCAGUCGACGGAUUAAAUACCUUGCUGGUGGCUGUCAAUGGGAUGUGAGCAAGGCAAGGGAACAGCUGGGCUACGAACCGGUGGCAGACCAAGACGCGGUUAUCAAGAAAGUUGCACAAACGGAGAUCGCACGUUUAGGUAUUAGCAAGAAGGGUGCAUAAUCCAAGGAAUAGCCAUUCCUAUAUGUAAGCAGGAAGCGAUUCAGUUGAUUGCAAAAACGGUGCGCGCUUUUACUCAUUUCAAUUUUUUUCCCAACCCCUACUGCUUCCGCCCCGUUGGAAGAUCAUCCUGGAAAAUCACGUAGGCCAU